CAGAGGUCCUUUGAAUGCAUGUGGCGCGAUGAGGGAAAUUGAUGGUAAAUAGUUGGACGGCUUUGGAGCUGAAGCCCGUACUAUCGACAAGUGGGUCUCUAUUGAAAUAAAAAUGUUUUCAACUGACACAAAUUUUUGGUUUAUUAGGAAGGUAAUUUGCUGGAGGGCUGCAGCCAGCAUUGCUUGGGCUGUCCUGUUGUUGCCUCCAACUACAGCUGUAUUUGUGAUCCUCAGCAAGUUCAGUUUUUUCCAUCCCAUCCGAACGACAACAGAAUGCCUGUCUUUGCUGACCAGUGCUAGUGCAAUUUUCUCCUUAAUUUUGCUUGGUGGAGUAAUCAUCAUGGUUGGGUUCCUAUUCUUGGAGUAUCACACAGUCAUUCCCACUAUUGCCUGCUCAAAAAUUGCACUGUUUGGCCAGCUUUUCCACCCUCGCCAGUUAGUCAUUUGCUUGGCCCAUUGCUUCAUGGGUAUAAUCGUAGGCUGGUGUUGUGCUGUCACUAUCGGUUUCAGAUAUGAAACACUUGGCCACUCAUGUGCACAGAGUGAUGGUUAUCCUCAGAUGUGUCUCAAUGAGUACCAUCUCGUGUUUCUGCUGGCGGGAGCCUUUGUUGGAUUCUCACAUAGUCUCCUGGGAGUGAUCCACAACAUGAACUAUGUCUCAUUUCAUGCUGUUCAGCAAUAUAAAUACCUUCGCUUCAAGGGAUCCCUGCCUUUGGUGGUGAAAUGCAGCAUCACUCAAGCGUUUUACUCUGUCAGGAACUUCAUAGUUUUGUAUUUCUUUCUGGGAUAUAUUCCAAGAACAUGGAUCUGCAAAACACUGAAUCUACAGUUGGACAGCUCUGUCCACCCACUCGAUAGCAUCGCUGGACUGUUGGACCUCUCUCUCCUCUACCACCUCUGGAUCAGUGCUACCUACCUCCUCUUCAUGUGGUACAUCACACUGCUGCUCUUUAGGAUCUUUGUCACUGAGGUCUACAGUUUUCCUGUGCAGUCAUCUUUUACUGAAGAUGCCCACCAGUGUCUUCCUAAAGUUCUUACUGACAAGCAGCCAAUGAUAUUAAAGUUUCUAGCUCUGCAGGACUUGGCUUUGUUGUCUCAGCAUUCUCCAUCACGACGCAGUGAAGUUUUUAGUCUGAGUCAGCCAGGAAGACAUCCUCAUAACUGGAAUGCAGUUAGUAAAGAGUGUCUGUCUCUGCUGGCUGAUCUGACUCAAAGACUUGUGGCUUAUCACGAAACUGUCGCAACCAAUGGCAGGGCCAAAUCUCUGUCGAGUGGGAGUGAAAGGAAGACUUCAUCUGAAACAUCAAUAACCUCAGGUAUUGAAGAUGUGAUGAGUCCAAAGCCUGCUUUCCUAAUGAAAACUCCAGCUUCAGUCUUUGCCCGCUCCAUUGCUGGUGACCUGCAGAGCCCCCUGACAGCACCAUUCACGCCUGACUUGGACAGCCCUUUUGCUUCCCCCGCCAUGCGACGUCUCACUGCUCCAGUGGAACAAGGUUCACCAUGGUAUGGCACAGUUCAGAGCCCCCACAUCAUGAGGAGAGCACCAAAACUCUGGUCCACCUCUACAGGAUCUCAAGUCAAUGGUAGCUCCCCACCCUCCCCAGCCUCAGUUCCUAGUCCAAAGCAGGAAUCCUCAAAACCAAGUUUUCUUGCUCAGUUCCUUCAGAACAGAAAAGAACAGGUUAAAAAUUUCUUGGCAAAGCGGGUGCUGAUAAUGUAUUUGUUUAACAAGCUUCCAGAAGCCUCAAGUCAAGCUCUCUUUGCUGACAGCCAGGCUCAUAUCUGGGCUUUGGAAGGGUUGUCUUACCUUGUUCAAGCGUCUUUCUCAGAAGACCAAUUUGGGGUUGUCCAGACUGCAUUACCCAGCAUUCUCAGCACCAUGUUGCUCUUACAAGAGGCUGUCGAUCGACACUUCAAGCUGCCUCAUGCAUCCAGUAAGCCAGUCAGGUCGACCAGCAGCAUGGGAGACUCCACCUAUAAAACACUGCGCUUCGCUCUGAGGGCCACAGUCAAAACUGCCAUUUACAGGAUAACAACCACUUUUGGCAAUCACUUAAAUGCCGUUCAGAUGUCUGCAGAGCACCGGAAAAGAUUGCAGCAGUUCUUGGAGUACAAAGAAUAACAGUCCUCACUUUGUAUUCUGUGCCUUCUUAUCAGAAUGAUAGGUGUGUGGGUGUGGGUGUGUGUGUGGGUGUGGACAUGACAGCGUAAGAGAAACAAGUGAAAGUCUGUGGCAGUGCCUCUUUUAAUAUUUCUGUCUGCACUGUCGUGGAUUGUAAUCAACCGACUAGAGACAUGGGAAGACUGGUCUUAUGUUUAGGAAAUAAUUCAGCUAACUGUAAACACAGGUCUGUCCAAAUACUUCGUUUUAUUUCAAGAAAAUUUGACUUUUGUGAACUGGGGUGAGCUGUAAAGGGCUCUUUGUGCUGCAUUUUCCUCGUUUCAUAUUUCUGCUGCUGUCAUGUCGUAUCAUGUACGAUGACCCGAACAGUGUGAGUGUUGGCAAAGAAGGUGUUUUUGUUUAGAGUUUCAUAGGUGUGUGAAGUGUGUUCUGAACAUGUGUCCAUGGAUCUGGUUUAGUUCUGAACACAGGCCUGGUGAAAUGAUUUGCAGCUGUGUGUAUCAGCUCAGUGAACACACUUCAGAUCUACAGACUCAACAUCUGUACAUGCUGACUGUUUGUCAGAUUUGUUUUUGAGAGAAAAGGCUGUCCUGUCAGAUCAGACUCAGAUCUUGUGCUACUUAUUUCUAGUGAAUAAAUGCAUUCGAGUUUCCACUCGAGACUUGUUGAAUAAAAACUGUUUCUAGAAAGUC